AUGCUUGACAUGUGGUUAGGGAAUGAUGCGAGUCCAGAGUUGUGCUGGAGCCUGACAUAUUGGGAUUUUAGAGCGAUCCUGAGAGCCAGCCUGUUUUUAGCUAGAAGAGAACUGACGUCAGCGCCGAAAAACGAGAAUCAAAAUCUCAAUAAAUGGUUGUCGUUGCAAAGCCUCAUUGACGUGCUUCUUCCUCAACCAGACCCAGUACGUCGAUCAUCAGUUGGGAGCGGGGCUCCCAAGAAUCCCAGGACGGGGGAUAGCCGCGCCACCGGACGAGAUAACUCGUCCGACGUCCGUUCACGUCGCGGUGGUUCAACAGCCGCUCAACUAGAUAGCGCUGGCCACCGCGAGAGUCCUCUAAUGGAGGUGGAGGAGGAGGAAAGACGCUCUCCACACGAUCAUGUGGAUCGGUGUGUUCCCGAGAGCUUCUUUGAUCGCGUAACGCAAGGGUUACGCGACGAUCUCGAACAUGAGCGGAAUAGGCGUCUCCAAAUGGCGGACACUGCCUCGAAGCAUCGAGCUGAGUUUGCCUUUGCUCAGCUUGAGAACGAGAGAUCUCUGACAUCUCUUCGUGACGAGCUAAGGGUAGCUCGUGGGAUUGCUGAUCGGUCUCGGGAUGAGAUAGCUGCUCUUCAGACCCUUGUUGAUGCCCACCAUCGGGAGCACAAGGCUCUCUGCGAGAUGCUAGAGCGCAAGGGCGUUCUUCAUCGGAAGAAGCAGCGUACUGAUGGUACGGCUUAA